UUCAAACUUAAAAAGAAAUAUAAAGUAAAUAUAUUCGCAUCAAAAUAUUUUAGAAUCGUUGAAAAAGUCGUAGAUAAGAUCCAUAGAUAAUUGUCAUUCAUCUGAGUCUCAGACUCUUCUACCCUUAGCUGCCCAAUUAAUUUGACUAGAAGAACCCAAUACUGGCCAAGUGUACAUCUUUUUGUUUUGCUUUUGAUAAGUCCAAACGAACAUAUCUUUCGUUUAUAUACAAAGACACCUCUAAACACUUCGCCAAAAUCACGAGUCUAAGAAAUGGCUAAUGAAAUACCUUCCAAAGGGAUUCUCAAGAGCGAAGCUCUGAAAAAGUACAUCUUGGAAACGUCAGCGUAUCCAAGAGAGCACGAGUUGCUCAAGGAACUUAGGAAAGCUACAGUCCAGAAAUAUGGCAAUUUGAGCGAGAUGGAGGUUCCAGUUGAUGAAGGUCAUUUUCUAUCGAUGCUUUUAAAAAUCAUGAAUGCUAAGAACACUCUCGAGCUCGGUGUUUUCACCGGCUACUCUCUUCUCACCACUGCCCUUGCUUUGCCUGAAGAUGGCCGCAUUACUGCAAUAGACAUCGACCAAGAAGCUUACGAAGUGGGACUAGAGUUUAUCAAGAAAGCAGGUGUUGAUCACAAGAUCACUUUCAUCCAAUCCGAUGGUAUUAAGGCCUUAGACCAAUUGGUGAACGAUAAACGGGAGUUUGAUUUCGCAUUUGCGGAUGCUGACAAGUCAAACUACGUCCACUUCCAUGAGAGGCUUCUAAAACUGGUGAAGGUUGGAGGAAUCAUUGCGUUCGACAACACUUUGUGGUUUGGUUUUGUGGCUGAGGAUGAAGAGGGAGUUCCAGAGCAUAUGAGAGAAUACAGAGAGGCUCUUAUAGAGUUCAAUAAGAAUCUGGCUUUGGAUUCUCGAGUCGAAGUCUCUCAGAUCUCCAUUGGAGAUGGUGUCACGCUAUGCAGGCGCCUUUACAUCUUCGAAACGUCAGCGUACCCAAGAGAGCCUCAAUUGCUCAAGGAACUUCGAGAAGCUACAGUCGAAAGAUAUGGCAAUUUAAGCGAGAUGGUGGUUCCGAUUGAUGAGGGUAUAUUUAUAUCGAUGCUUGUAAAGAUGAUCAACGCCAAAAACACUAUAGAGAUCGGUGUUUUUACUGGUUACUCACUUUUCACCACGGCUCUUGCUUUACCCGAAGAUGGCCGUGUUACUGCGAUAGACAUGGACCAUGCAGGCUACAACAUGGGACUAGAGUAUAUGAAGAAAGCAGGUGUUGAUCACAAGGUUAAUUUCAUCAAAUCUGAUGCUCUUGAGGCCUUAGACCAAUUGUUGAAAGGGAAACAAGAAUACGAUUUCGCAUUUGUGGAUGCUGACAAGAGGAGCUACGGCAAGUUCCUCGAGAUACUGCUUAAGUUAGUGAAGGUUGGAGGAAUCAUUGCCUUCGACAAUACCUUAUGGUUCGGUACUGUUGCUGAGGAAGAAGAGGAAGUUCCAAAUCAUAUGAGGUUAUAUAGAGAAGCUAUCUUAAAGUUCAAUAAGCUAAUAGCUUCAGAUCCUCGAGUUGAUAUGUCUCAAGUUUCCAUUGGAGAUGGUAUCACACUCUGCAGACGCCUUGUAUGAUGAACAAAAUAAGAGAAAAUCUUAUCUACUAUAUAUAAUUAAAGACCAAAAUUUGUUAUAGAAAAAAAAAACUGUUAUAUGAUGUUUCAAUAAUGGCUUUGUCCUUUGUUUGUAAUGGUGUGUGUGUUUGACUCAUCUUCUUCUUACACACAAUAAAUAAAUAAAAAACUGUUUCUUGC